CAUUUAAUCACGCCCCAUGACGCCAACCAAUGAAAUCCUUUCUCUUCAGUCUAAAAAGGAAGUAAACAGCGACCGAGAACAAUUUUCACGUUAGCGUUUUUAUUGUUACUAUUUAGACAUUUAUUAACCUAAUGGAACUAAAAAUAUGACUAAUUUAACUGCUAAGCAUCACAUACUUACCCCAAGUAGUCUUUAAUUCGCGUUGGAGACAGGACUUGGUAGAUAGAUGUUAUCUAGGUGACGCUAACUAGCUGCUAACAAUGGCUAACGUUAACUGUAUGGUUUUUCACACUCAAAUAGCCUCCAUCAUGGAGAUGCUAGCGAAUGCAGCCGUGGCAGAGAUCUGUAAACUCGUAGACGAUGACUAUGCAGUGUUUCGUUUGGAAAUUUCUCAAAGCCAGAAAGAAAACAGGGGUUUGCGGAGGAAACUACAGCUACUUGAACUGAAGGUGACACGGGAGCGCGCAGAGAAGACAAUACGAGAUCGCGUCCUCGCCAGUCGUCCCAGUAGUGUCAAGAUCGUCGACCGAUACAGAGGAAUGGCAAGAGGUGAAGGACAUCUCACUGGAAGCCACAGGAACUUUGUGAAGCCAGCGGGCCACAAUACAUGGAGAAAUGACAAACCCAUAGCUGUAGAUGAAGGGAGUGGAACCUCAACCCAGCACAUUAUUUCUGCAGAUGCAGAGGCUGUAGGCCCUGGGGUCAAGCAGGAGAGAUGUGAAGGAGAGGAGAACCCACGGCACAGCAGAGACAUCCAGACUGGAGCAGCUGGAGCGCCCUAUGAAGCCACAGAGGACCCCACCACCACUGUCGCCGCAUCCCAGCCCAGGACCCAACGCAGCAUCAUGGAGGAGGAGGAGUGUCCAGAGGGGCUGCUGGUGAAGGAGGAGGGCUGUGAGGAGGGUCUGGGGAACCCUGAGGGGACCAUGGUCAUGGAGGACAACCAGACUACACCUCCUCCUGAACACACAGAGGAACCAACUGAGCAGCACAGGACCACACACAGUCUCAGUGAGUCAGUAGACAAAGAGGAUGGGAUGCCUGAUCUGCAGCUGGUCAAAGAGGAGACAAUAGAGAACAGACCAGAGAGUGGACUAAAGAUCUGGGAUGAAGGUGGUUGGCUGGAAGCUAACAGAGGAGACUGGGCGGCCAUCUUGGAUUCCCAGACCCAGACUGUUGCAGCCAAGGUUCCUGUGGACGACAUCACCGAGCAGGCCAGGACCAGAGGCGACAUAGUGGAGUCUGCAGUCCAUGAGGACCUGCUUAUAUCUGGUGUUGCUGGCGGGAGAGACUGGCCCUCUGAAGCGGCUGGUCACAAACCCUGGCCCCGGAUCAGGACACUGGAUCAGGAGCCGUCGCUCUUCCUUCGCGAGUCAGAACCAGGACCCAACCGCGAAGGACAGAGACCCCACCACCACUCAGAACACAACCAGUGGACAGGUGGACUGAACAACCUCCGUCCUGGUGGUCAUCAGCGAGACAGAGGCUCCAGUCAGGGAUCCAGUCAGCAAAUGAGUCCCUUCUCUUCACAGUCUCAGUGCAGGGAUGGAGCAGGGCCUGGGGCUGAUGGAGAUAGACCCUCCUGUUCCUAUGAUACAAACACCACAGUAUCCAUGAUGAACAGAGCAGGUCACCCUGGGCUUCAGCCUUCACAGAGAGUGGUGGGAGACCCCCCUGGUGGGAGUCUAACAGGAAGUCUGUCUUCUCCUUCAGGAUCUUGUCUAAUGCUUAGUGACUGGGUUCAUAGAAAGCCUGGGCCUGGGUCUAGCCUUUCUCAGUUACCUCAUGGUUACCCCACCAAUACAGACAAGGUCAGGAUGGGCGUUCACCACAAGAGGUACUUAUCCUAUAACACAGCACACAAUCCCAACCACACCCAAACAAUGGCUAGAGGUCAAGGAGGGAGCUCAAAUACUAACCACCUGAGGGUGGUUGCUCCUGCUUCUACCUAUGGUGUCACUGGGUCACAACGUGGGAGGCCGAGCAUUAGGACGGAUGCCGACAAGCCAUACACCUGCCCCACGUGUGGGAAGCGCUUCACUGAGGCGAACUAUGUGAAGAGGCACCAGACCGUUCACACCAAGGAGAGGCCCUUCAAGUGCAAACGAUGUUACAAGAGCUUCUCCUUCCUGAGUAGCCUUAUCAGACAUAGGAGUGUCCACAACGUGGAAAAAUUGUAGCAUUGUGGCUUGAGAUGUACACAGGGGAUAUCUGAGAACCAUUAUUUAGCUUAGCAAUUCUCAACUGGUGGGUCGCAGGAAGGUUUGGAACGGGUCGCGGGUGUCUAAGUAAAAAUGUUUAUAUAUACAGUUGAAGUCGGAAGUUUACAUACACCUUAGCCAAAUACAUUUAAACUCAGUUUUUCACAAUUCCUGACAUUUAAUCCUUGUAGAAAUUCCCUGUCUUAGGUCAGUUAGGAUCACCACUUUAUU